UUGCUCAAAUAGGUGGCGCGAUCCCCUCGCCACCCCUGUCACGCUUCGAGUCUUGACUAGUAAGUCGACCGGGACAUCUCUCCCGCGGCUUCUCCAUGGCGUCUUCUGGCUCAACGGCUUGUUCCUCGUCCGUGAAGAUGAGAUUCAGUGGCCAGUUCCUUCUACAUAUCGUGCUGCUCCCCAUGGUGGUACAGGCGUCUCCCGCGGGCACGUCGCUGCGCGCCGGCGCGGAGCCCCAGAGGCCAGACGCGGGCGUGCGCCUGAUCCGGCUGCAGAAGCGGAGGAUGCGCGGGGCGGAGAACUCCUCGGCCGCGCCCGGCCAGGAUGGCCACAGCACCGACAGGAGCUUCUACGUGGGCCGGUUGCUCGUUGGGCAGCCGCAGAGGAGGCUGCUGGUCGCCUUCGACACCGGAUUCGGGCAGAUCGUGCUGCCGUCCCCGAAGUGCCUCAGCGCCACCUGCCUCGAGCACCGGUGCUACCCUCCCGAGGCCUCCAGCUCUGCGGUGGACAUCAACGCGAACGGCGCCGCAGUGCAGGACGACAUCCGGCUGGCCGAGUACCGCGCGAACCGGGACACCGUCAGCAUCGGCUUCAGCAGCCACGACCUCGGCGACGGCAGGGUCACCGGCGAGCUCGUGCGGGAGCGGGUGUGCCUCGAGUCGCAGACGGGCGCAGACACCUGCGCGCUGGUCGGCCUCGUAGCCGCCACGCUCAUGACCGACGUGCCGUUCAAGGCUCCGGCCGCCUGCCAUCGGCCGCCACGGCCUGGCGGGCCCCGCGGGGCCAGCCUGUCGGGGUGAAGAGCCCAGACCCCCGACGAUGCUCGGCGUUCUUCCCCGCGUCUUUCCUCGACGUCGGCCUCCCAGGCAUGCCAUCGGUCCCCAGGGGCUUCGGGAACGGAUCCGGGGCGAUUCUCUCUUUUCACGGGAAGGGAUCGAGACCUCUCGGAGCCGCGCAUCGAGGGCAUCACCUCGCCCACGGGAAGGGAUCGAGACCGCUCGGAGCCGCGCAUCGAGAGCAUCACCUCGC